AUGUUCGUGGUCAAAAGGUCGUCAUCAAAUUUAAUAAAAUUAGCACGUCCUUCCUUUAGAGUUCAAAUUUAUAACUCACGGUUAUUUUAUAAAAGAUUUUAUAUUACAACCCCAACAAUGUCUAAGACGGCACUUGUAAUCUUGGCUCAGGGAGCUGAGGAAAUGGAGACAGUCAUCACUGUGGACAUGCUGCGAAGAGGAGGUGUAACUGUAACAUUAGCCGGUCUCGAUGGCAGCUCUCCGGUAUUGUGCUCCCGCCAGGUUACCCUUGUACCAGAUAUGUCUCUGACUGAUGCAUUGGCAGAGAAACCUCAAUAUGAUGCAGUGAUCCUCCCAGGUGGGUUAGAAGGGUCUGACCGUCUUUCUAAGUCAAGUGUAGUCGGCACUUUACUGAAAGAACAUGAGAAAAAUGGCAGGAUUGUGGCAGCAAUUUGUGCUGCUCCAACAGCGUUUGUAGCUCACGGCGUCGCAAAAGGAAAGCGCUUAACCUCGUACCCCACUACUAAAGACAAGAUAACGGCGGACUACCAAUAUGUGGAAGGCGAGAGGGUAGUUGUAGAUGGCAACAUUGUUACAAGUCGCGGUCCGGGCACUGCAUACUGGUUUGGAUUAAAAUUAAUUGAACUUUUGACGGGAAAGGAGAAGUCUGACCAAGUGGAGAAAGGCAUGAUCAUCUCGGGAUAUUAG